AUUACUCAUUCAACCAUCUUUUGUGAAGAUCUGUGAAGCGUUGAUUUAAAUUAUUUCAUUGAAUUUCCACCCAAUAUCAGAUCGUUUAUGGUCAACUAGUACGUUUGUAAAGCAUGUCAAAGGGAGAAAAAGUAGAUCCARAUUGGUGUGGUUAUGAAUGUAAGUCAGGAGAGAUUCUGUUCUACUAUGACAAGACAACAGGAGAACACAAAUGGACAGGUGGUGAUCAWAUUUCCAUGUUGACAAAACCAGAUGAAAUAGAUCCAGAUUGGUUUGGAUAUGAAUGUAAGUCAGGACAGAUUCUUUUCUAUUACAACAAGAAAACAGGAGAACACAGAUGGACAGGUGUUAAUAAUGAAUACAACAAUGAUUGUAAGAUGUCAUUGUCCCAAGAGAUCCAGUAUUUACAGACUGAUGUYUGUGACUGUGCUAAUGGACAGACUACACAAAGCACAGAGAAACAUGAUAAACAAGRAAACAAAAAUUCAUCGAAAGAUAGUUGUAACUUGGAUGACAAAGAUGAGGAGUCCCUACCCAGCACACAACGGUUGUCACAAGAGCAUGUUGCUGACAUAUCAGGAGGACAAGCAUACACGUAUACACACUGCAAGGAAUUGGAAAAGCAAGAUUAUUUCGUAAAACAUGACCUCAUUCAUACAGGUGUCAAACCACACAAGUGYACAUACUGUAACAAGACAUUUACAGAACAGGGAAUUCUGAAGAGACAUGAACGCACCCAUACAGGUGUCAAACCCUACCAGUGUAAAUACUGUGACAAGGCCUUUGCGCAAAAAGAUUAUCUUAAGAAACAUGAACGUAUCCAUACAGGUGUCAAGCCGUAUGAGUGUACAUACUGUGACAAGGCAUUCAGACAACGAGAUGAUUUUAAGAGGCAUGAACGCAUUCAUACAGGAGUCAAACCAUACAAGUGUACAUACUGUGACACAACAUUUACACGACAUGAUCAUUUAAAACAACAUAUACGAAUCCAUACAGGAGUCCAACCAUACGAAUGUACAUACUGUGACAAGGCAUUUACACAACAGGGAGUUCUAAAUAGACAUGAACGCACCCAUACAGGUGUCAAACUGUACGAGUGUACAUACUGUAACAAGGCAUUUACACUCAAAGGUAGUCGGAAGAAACACGAACGCACCCAUACAGCUGUCAAACCAUACAAGUGUGCAUACUGCAACAAGGCAUUUACACGAUAUGCUCAUUUAAAGAGACAUGAACGCAUCCAUACAAGUACAAGCGUACAUACUCAAACCGAAGAAGUCGGUACAUACUGUAAAAAGACAUUUCUAGAUUAAGGUAGUCGACAAGAAACAUGAACAUACCCAUACACAAAUUCGAAAUACGGCGACCAGUUUUAUGUGUUAUAAUGUUUAGUUACCUUUUUUCAGGAAAUAAAACGAUACACCGUUAGUAAAGCUAUUAAAACUGUAAA